AUGAAACCUCAAGGAUCUAGAUUAAAUAUUUCCAAUUCCAGUUCUUCUAACUAUGGGAAUCGUCAAGCAAUGCUAUACUCUUCAGGCACUUAUGAGUCUCUUGGCUCUCUAAAUGGAUUUGACUCACAAAAGAAAGCUUGUCCUGGAGAUUUUUGCAAUUAUAUAGUGAUAAAUAAAGAUAUUCUAGAUAAGCAUUUUUUUGCCGUUCUUUAAUAAAUGAGUUAAUUAUCAAGAGCCAUAAAAAUCUUCCAGAAUUUUCUAUUAAAAAUAGAGACAAAAAAAAUAUCCAAUGGGAAAUAUCAAUUACAAAGAAGAAAUAGACUAUGAUGAACUGCUACGAAAAGUUAAAAAAGCUUAUAGCAGCGAAGGAGACAAAGAAACAACAAGCAUCAAACUUGGAAUAGCAGUUGAUUAUAUGAUAAAAGAAAUGGACAAAAUGAGAUGCAAAACAGAAAAGCGAGUAGUUCCUUAUAAAUAUUUGAUCUUAGGCAGGCAAUUAUUGCAGCGGUCUAAUAUUUCUCUGAACCCUAAAGGUUUAAAAGGAAUUGAUUUUUCUGAGCUUUUCCAUCCUUUAUCAAACCGAGGCCCAGAUGUUGAGAAAUUGCAACUAAGAAAUUUUGCUAUGAAGUUCCCAUUUAAAUACUAUCAAUCAGUAAAAGUCUGUGAAAGGUGCUACCAAGUCUACUGCCUUCUCAUUUUGUCUCAGAAAAUCCAACUAAAAAAUGAUAUUAUGAAAUCACAAAAAUCAUUUGAAAGGUCAAUACACUCCUUUCCGACUGAUUACUCACAAAAAGACUUAUCAAGGUCUACUAUAAAAUCUUUUCGUACCCCAAAUCCCAAACUUGAGCUUAAAGAAAUUGUUGAAAGUCCUAUCGGUCCAAUCAACGCAAAUAAUAUUGAUGACCUUCUAGCUGAUAUGAACCACGCACUUGUAGAUAUGGAAGUUAAAAGUUUUGACUAUAAAAAAGAAGCCAAAGAAAUUUUUGGAUCUAUGACUGAGAGCCGUAAGAAACUAAUACAAAUCAAAGUAGCUGAAGAAAAGAAAAAACAAAAACCGUUGAUCCAUCCACAAGCUAUUGAAGAUAUAAAAAUUCAAGACGAUUUAACCCUAAACUUUAUUCCUGCAGCCAACAUGCAGAGAAUGACAAUGAAGACAAAAGAAGAAAAAGCUGACAUCGCUUGAGCUAGAUACAACGCUAUGAUAGAAAUGGAAAGAAUCAAGAAGAAAAAGCGAGCAAAAUCACACCGAAUCCGAAUUAGGUGUUAA